ACUCCACUCCACUUCCAGAGCGUGCCUUGCUCGUUGCUGCUCACUCAGUCACCUCCCCUGCCUCUGCACGUACUACGUACGUGCCGAGGACACAGCGGCCGGCGAUGGGAGGCGCAGGCGAGGUGACGGAGCUGGAGCUGCGCAUCCAGCUGCCUGACGGCGGCGGCGGCGGCGGCUACAACAUCAACGACAACGCCGACAUCCUGGCCGAGAUCCUGGCGCGUCUGGACGGGCGCUCGCUGGCCGCGGCCGCCUGCGUGUGCCGCCUGUGGGCCGCCGUGGCGCGCCGCGACGCCGUCUGGGAGGCGCUGUGCCUCCGCCACGUCGGCCCCGCGCCACCUGCGGCGGCCGCGGGCCCGGCCACCCGCGCCGUCGUCGCCGCGCUCGGCGGGUACCGCCGCCUCUACCGCCUCUGCCUCGGCCCGGCGCUCGACCGGCUGGCGCAGGCCCAGGCCCAGGCGGCGCGGGCGCACCACCUGUCGCUCUCCCUCUCGCUCUCGCUCUUCUCCAUCGACUGCUACGAGCGCCUCGGCGGCGGCGGGGGAGCGGCGGGGCCCAGCGCCGGCGCGGGUGCGCGCGGGAGACAGCAGCAGCAGCCGUCGUCGCUGCUGUUCCUCUGCAAGCCCGUCGACGUGUCGUGAUGGCAAUGGCAUUCAGCUUCAGCCGUCGUCCUUCCUCCGCGAGCCCGUACGUCGACGUGUCGCGAUGGCAUUCAGCUCUCGUCGCUCCUCUGCUCGUCCUUUCCAUGUCGUCGCGUCGUCCUUGGCGUACGCUGUCUGCCCUGGGCGCCUGGCCUUUGCUGCUGCUAGCUGCAACCUGCAAUGCUCGUUUGCGUGUCUCACGGCCGCCGCCGCUUAACAUAAUCGUUUUAAUUGGUUUGGUUUUGUUGAUUAGCACGGACGAACAACAGGCAAGGAAGAGCUCUUCAAUCAAUUCAAGCUGUACCCGGAGAGGCUUAUUAAAUUCUAA